AUGGCCUAUCGUGAUGGGUACUAUACAGAUGACAAAAAAGAAGGUGGCGGUGGUAGUGAUGAUGAGGAUGGUGUAGAGGUUGAUGAAGAAAAGAUCGAAUCCAUUAGAACUUGGCCAACUCCUAAAAAUGCAACCGAUGUGAGGAGUUUACAUGGAUUGGCAAGUUUCUAUAGAUUAUUUGUGAAGGGGUUUAGUACUAUUGCCUCUUCCUUGAUCGAAUUGAUAAAAAAGAAUGUUCCUUUUGUUUGGGGAGAUGAGCAAGAGAAGACAUUUCAAGAGUUGAAGUCUAUGUCGAGUUCAUCACCAUUGUUGCGAUUGCCCAAUUUUGAGAAGACCUUUGAAGUUGAUUGUGAUGCUUCGGGGUUGGUAUAG